AUGUUUAAAAAAUUGCACUUUGUCUUUCUGUUAUUAUGUUUGCUGCAAAGCAAAAAAUUCACAUUUGGUAAAACCGAAGAUUCAUCCGAUCUCCCAGACCCCAGUCAGUUCAUCGUGUGGGGUCCAGGGCUGGACAACAGGGUCGUUCUGCCUGUUUAUUAUUUUUUCGUGCAAAUGGUUGACAGUCAGGGAAAUAACAUAACAUCAUCACUGGGACCGGAUGUGAUCAAACUUAGCAUGGAAUCCAAACAUUAUUCGCAUCUUAGGAUCAGUAUGCAAGUUCUCGACAGACACGAUGGUGUGUACAUAAUAAGGUACAAACUAUUUCAAACGUACAAAGACCUGAAGCUGAAGUUGACAUUUAGGGACCAACCCAUCUCAACAUUCCCACAUUUGUUGAAAGGUUGCUGUUACAAUGAAGAUUGUUACUGUCCUAAAAAAUCACUCGCUAGAUGGCUGGGGACGCUGAACUGCCCGAAAAGUUAUGACCAAAUCGACAAAGACUUCAAAGCAUUUAGGCGGAUCAACAUGACGAGAAUGUACAAAAGAAUGAUGGUGGAGUUCAAUAAGCCCUAUCAAAUGAGCGUCAUACACUAUGUUGUUAAGGAUAAUAAGUUGUACAGGGAGACAUUGGGCGAAUAUGUCGGCUUCAAGAUGUUCUCAGAUGCGAUGCUCAUGUCUCUCAUGAGAAAAGUCAAAUUACCUGACCUCGACUUUUUCUGGAACCUCGGAGACUGGCCGCUGGUUCGGAGGACAAGUGCCCAUCGUUACCCCAUGGUGUCUUGGUGCGGCUCGGACGAUACGUUCGAUUUCGUCGUGCCCUCCUACGAGAUGACCACCUCCACACUCGAUGCCAUGUACAGAGUGGAGAAGGACAUGUUAUCAAUGGAACACUAUCGUAACAUUGACUGGUCGUCAAAAACUGACCUGGCUUUCUGGAGAGGGAGAGAUAGUAGUAGAGAGAGGUUGAAGCUAGUGAGGCUGUCACAGAAGCAGAAGGAUGUUGUGGACGCCGAACUGACACACAUCUUCUUCUUCAGGGACGAGAAGGAUCUGAAGACUGUCAACUCGACUCCCUUUUUUGAUUUUUUUAAGCACAAGUACCAGAUUAACAUGGACGGCACGGUAGCAGCCUACAGACUCUCCUACCUACUUGCUGGCGGCUCCCUCGUCUUCAAACAGCAGUCCAGCUACUACGAACACUUCUACAACCUCCUCCAGCCCUUCGUCCACUACGUGCCCCUCAGCUCCGACAUCGAGGAUCUCAUGGAGAGGCUUCAGUGGGCCAAGGAUCACGAUGACGAGGUCCGGGAUUUUCCGAUUUUGCUUUGGAUCGUCGGGAUUUAGGGCCCAGACGAUAGUUAAGAACGCAUUCAACUUUGCCCAUGACAACUUGCUCGCCGUCAACAUCUACUGUUACCAUGGGGUUUUCUUCAAGAGGUAUUCCGAACACCUGGUAUCGAAUGUCGACAUAUACGAAGGUAUGGAAGAAGUGACCGGAAGUAGCAAGAGCGAGGAGUGUGUCUGUGAUGAU